AAUCAAUAUCGAGAUUUUGGGUAGUAAAAUGAAAAAACAUAAAAAUCACGUUUUCUGAUUGUGUGAUACUUUUUCGACCUAAAAUCUUCUCUUUUUCUCUAAGACAGGAGAGUGCCGCCCUUCCUUCUCACCUCACAAGAGCAUCUUCGUCUCCCUGUCCCUGGUGUCAGCGGCAUGGGUGCUCCAACCUCGACGCCGCCGGAGCGACUGCUCUAACUCAGCGGACCCAGUCGACUCAACUCUAGAUCUCCCUCUUCGUUGCCAUCAGCCUAGUUCUACUUGCGAUUCUUCCAACAUACAACAAUGCCUCGGUAUUACUGUGACUAUUGCGACACUUAUCUAACCCAUGAUUCGCCAUCUGUAAGAAAACAACAUAAUGCUGGCUACAAACACAAGGCAAAUGUCCGAACCUACUAUCAGCAGUUUGAGGAGCAACAAACCCAAAGUUUGAUUGAUCAAAGGAUUAAGGAACACCUUGGGCAAGCUACGGCUUUUCAACAGGUUGGGGCGGCUUACAAUCAACAUCUACUUGCUCAGAGGCCUCGUCUUCAUGUUCUACCAACGCCUAUGAUGCCACAGAUGCCUGGAAGUGGACCGCCUUUGCUUCCUGGGAUGAUUAGACCUCCUGUUUUGCCCAGACCAGGUCCUAGUGCUCCAGUAGGCUAUGGUCCUAAUCCAAACAUGCCGCCAAUGCUGGCUCCUCCCGGUGCGCCACCUGGUGCUCCGCCUGGUGCUCCAUCCAUACCUGGCCAAUUAAAUUCUCUCCCGAGGCCCCCCACCAUAAAUAUCCCCUCAACCAUUCCCGGGACCACUUCUUCCAUGGGUGCCCCCUUGCUGGCUCCACCUGUGAUGUAUCAAGCCAAUCCGGCACCACCAUCAAGUGGAGGCUAUGAUAGUUUUAAUCCAAGUACUCAGGCUACUGACUCUAAUCAGUAGACUCUCCAAAGUGCCCGGGACAUUGGUGAUGCUGCAGCACCUGUUUGGGAUAUUUCAUCUACCAUGGUGUGAAGGAGCCUGUGGUUUGACGCUUAAGGUCGAAAGUUGUGGAUUUUGUUAAGUGUUGUGGACAUUAAAUUUGAGCAAACUAGGAGAAUUUUUGUAAAAAAGAAAAAAAAAAUUGAAAUCUAUAUCCUGUUUUAUUAGACAGGUCGGUAGAUACAUUCUUACAUAUGGUUCUGGUUAGGUUGGGAGAAAUACAAGAGACUGUACAAGGUCUUGCACAAUUUGUAGGAACCGUGCCAGUUUGAAAGAAGUGCCAAUUGACAGUUGUUCUAUUUAUGUUUGUUUUCACGUGGGGAUCGCAUUUCUUUCAUUCAUGCUAGAAGUUGUUAUAUAUCUUAAAAUUCCAACGAAAGCUAGUAAGGAUGGCUUGCACAAUGAGCUUUUGUUGAGA